GUGGGAAAAAGUUGCUUGUUACUGCGUUUCUCGGAUGAUACUUUCACCACAAGUUUCAUUACUACCAUUGGAAUCGAUUUCAAGAUAAGAACAGUUGAACUUGAUGGGAAGCGUAUCAAAUUGCAGAUAUGGGACACAGCUGGACAAGAACGUUUUAGAACUAUAACUACAGCAUAUUACAGAGGAGCAAUGGGUAUAUUACUCGUCUAUGAUGUAACGGACGAGUCAUCCUUCAACAACAUUAGGAACUGGAUGAAGAACAUUGACCAACAUGCUUCAGAUAGCGUCAACAAAAUAUUGGUUGGUAACAAAGCCGAUAUGGACGAAAGCAAAAGGGCCGUCCCAACAUCAAAGGGACAAGCUCUGGCUGAUGAGUACGGAAUCAAAUUCUUUGAGACGAGUGCAAAAACAAACCAGAAUGUCGAGCAGGUUUUCAUUUCUAUCACGGAAGACAUAAAACAAAGACUCACAGAAAGCGAUGCAAAAGCUGAGCCCCAAGGGAUCAAGAUCACUAAACAAGAUGCUAGCAAAGCCUCGUCGUCUUCUACAACUGAGAAAUCAGCUUGCUGCAGUUAUGUU